UUUCGAUGCAUCUCAAUAUGCUAAGAAGCCAAUGAUUCAAGAAAUGCUUAAUUAUUCUCCAAAAUGCCAGAGAAAAUUAAAAACAAAUGCUGUUCCUACAAAACCAAUUGUAAGCUAUAAUAUUUUACCUCAGUUUAUAGUACAGAAUCAAAAGGUUAGUCCCAAAAACAAGAGUCCGUGGAAUGUACAAGAGGUUUAUCCUGGAGAUCUUUCAAAUUAUAAUGGUCAACAAAUUAUUAUUACAAGUCCGGGAUUUUCUGUUUCUGAUAUUAAUCCAGGGAAUGUAGAAGAGGUUUCUGAUAUUCAAAAUAAUUUAGUAUUAAACUUAAAUGAAGGUGCAAAAUCUAGCAACCAACAAAGUUAUGGAAGACCGGAUAAUGUUAUUGAGACUGAGCUUAAAGAAUCAGACAUAAAUAUCAAAAAUAAUACAUGUAAAAGAUCACUGUUCAAUGAACAUUUUAACGAUUUUAUACCUUUACCAAAAAGCCCAGAAAAAGAAUUCACUGAACAAAGUGACAGUUUCAAGUAUAAAAAUUAAAUCCAUAGUUUUUACUUUUUAGCAUUGGUAAAUGUACUAGAUUUUAUUACAGAAAUGUGUUGUUGAGUUAUCAUAAUGGUAAGUACGAACUACGAAGUGUAAAAGUGUUUGACGUUUGUCAUUAUCAUUAAUAGUGUUUACAUCUGUUAUAAUCUUAUCAUCAU